AUGCCCCAGGCCGGGUGGCGUGUGAGAGUCAGCGUUUGUUUCUCCCAGCGCUGGAGGCUGGGCAGCCCGGGUCAAGGCGCCAGCCUGGGCGAGUUCUGCGGUGAGGACCCUCUUCCCGGCGCGGAGUCAGCCCUUCUUGCUGCGUCCUCACCCAGGCAUGAUGUACUGGGUAAAAAGAACCAUGAUAAAUAUGCCUUUAGUGAUGUGGAGGGCCCAGGCCCAGUGUCCUUGGAAGGCAGGGAGGUUAAUGAACUCUGUACAGGAUUGAAAUCUUUUCUCAGUUAUGCUGGGUGUAAAUUUGUCUUCUCUUUACACAGAGUGGGCAGGGGGAUUUCCCUCAGCACCACCUGCCUCCUCAGUGGCUUUCAGGCUGUUAAGCUCUGCCUCAGUUUCUCUGGGUGGAUGGAGCUCAGAAUGAGAUCCACAGUGUUCAUUGGCUUCUGCUGUUCCAUCUGCUGGAUCCUACAUCUCUUGUUAAAUAUGGUGGUUACUAUGAAUGUAACUGGCCCAAAAAACAGCAAAAACAUGAGUGUGGAAAACAUUUACAGGAACUGUUUGUCACCCAUUCCUGAAAGACUGGUAUUCUGCAUAUCUGCAGUCAUUUACACCUCCACUGAUGGUGUGUGUUUGGGUCUCAUGGUCUGGACUAGUGGCCCCAUGGUCCUUGUCCUGCACAGGCACAAGCAGCAAGACCACCACAUUCACCGCAACAGACUUUCGCCCAGACCUGCCCAUGAGGCCAGAGCCACGUGUCCCAUCCUGAUCCUGGUGAGCAUGUUUGUCUCCUUGCACUCUCCAGCUGCUGUUCUAUGA